GACUCCGUCACACACCCUGAAACUGCAUUCUUCGUACAUCUGCUUCCCACACGCAACGUGGAGUCCAACCACGUUCGCUCGGUGCUGGAGCUACACUGCGACCUGGCCUACAAGAAGCUCGUGGAGGGCCGCGCGUCGCAGGAGCGACCUCUCAAUGUCGUUGAGGUUGGCUCUCACCUUGGAG